ACCACAUUCUCGUCAUGUCUAAGCUUUCGGAACCUCUGAAACAGUUCAUCAAUGCGGCUCAUGCUAAACCACAUACAAUUCCAGCUCCAAAGAAUGUAGUGUCCAUUUACGAACGAAUUGCCUCCGAUGCCGCUACCAACAAGGUCGGCUUGCCAGCAUGGCUGUGUGCCUCAACGGCAGCAACGUUUACGAUGAACUCGCCAGACUCAUUGCUGCAGCUCUAUCGCUUGGCAACAGCUUCAUCGACGAAGAAAGCCGAUGUCUACGCAGCUGAGUUGAUGCGUGAAGUUGGUCUGAAGUGUAUUGGUUUCAAUGGUGUUCCACGAACGAUCAAUUGUCUCGGAGCUUUCUACGGCGGCCUCCCUUCAGAAGUACAGUCAGCCCUCAAGGAACGCAAGGCACGCAGAGGUCUCGACAAGAACAACAUCGAAGACACCGUCGCUCGAGGCAAUAGCCUCUGGGAUAGCGUCUAUCACCCUUUUUCGGACAAGCUUACAGCCAAAUUAGCACAAUCUCAUCCCGACCUUCCAGUAUUCAUCAUCAAUGGAGAAUAUGGUGCACUAUUUUCAGACCCACCGACGCCAAAGGACGCAAAUCGACCUGAUGUCGGCCGUGUGCUGACUUCGAUCAUUGCUGUGGCGUGUUUACGAGCACAGAGUGGUGUAGGACCACAAGUCGUCAGCCACGUAUUUGGUCUGAGGAAAGCGUUCGAUGAUGGAAGCGCAGAGUCGGAUGAAGAAAUUCCUGGUGGCAAGUGGCUUGCCAGUAAUGAGGGAAGUCUUUGGCUGCUGGAGCAAGUCGACCGUAUUGUUCAUGCAUUGGGAGGUGGUCAAGGAACGACGUUUGCGCCUGGCUUUGACAAAGCUCCGAAAGCCAAAUUGUAAAGGAAUCUAUACAGAAUUUCGGAAAUAUCUAGCUAGAAAUGAUACAGGCUUCGUCAACGGCUUCUACUCCAUCUUGCCGAGAGGCUCCUUAACUGCGAACUUGGCGCCAGUCUUUUGCUUGAUCUCGUCAACCCCUACACCUGGCGCGGUUUCGGUGAGCGUCAAGCCACCCUUCUUUCGGUCGACUUCGAAAACACACAGAUCAGUAAUAAUGGUGCUAACCACCUUAGCUCCCGUCAAAGGCAGCGUGCAGUGUUCCACAAUCUUAGGUGUGCCGUACUUGUCGACAUGAUCAGUGAGCACGACAAUCUUGGUUGCAUCUGGGUUCGACACCAAAUCCAUGGCUCCACCCAUUCCCUUGAAGACCUUGCCAGGAAUCAUGUAGUUGGCCAAGUCUCCAUUCGCGCCAACUUGCAGUGCACCCAGCAUACUGACAUCAACGUGACCACCUCGAAUCAUACCGAAAGACUCGCUGGAAUCGAAGCAGCUGGCACCUGGGACCAGAGUCACGGUUUCCUUUCCGGCAUUGAUGAUAUCGGCAUCCAAUUCUUCUUCAGUUGGGUAUGGACCCAUACCAAGAAUGCCAUUCUCGGACUGGAUCCACACAUUGCUGUUCGGAGGCAAGUAGGAAGGAGCCAGGGUUGGCAUGCCGAUACCGAGAUUGACGUAGAAUCCUGGCUUGAGUUCUUUCGCGGCACGCUUCGCAAUACGAUUCCUUCGAGCAAGAGCGUCAGAUUUCCGACCUUC